CGUUAGAUCUGCAUGGGCAGCAGAGUGUGAAACGAGAGGGUUAGAAAGAGGACAGCGGGCUUUAGUGGCAAACUCGGGCUUGUAGAGAUAAGGAAGAGGAGAGGCAAGAAGAAAAAAAAAGAGAACAGAAGCAUCACGUCUCGCUACUUCAAGUGUUCCGACACAUCUGUAUCCCGACACAUUGCUUUUCUUUAUUCAAUAUCCCGACACAUUGCUUUUCUUUAUUCAGUAUCCCGACACGUUGCUUUUCUUUACUCAGUAUCCCGACACGUUGCUUUUCUUUAUUUAACGCAAGCUUUCAUGUGAAUUUUGCAGAAGGCGUGUCUUGAGUUCCGUUUGUUUCUUUUUGUGUCCUUGUUUUAAUAAGACAUGCCUCUUCAGUGACACUUCUCCGCACUGUCUUUGAAUCGUUUUUAAGGUUUGUGUGCAGCGCUGCCUGGUCUUUUCUAGAUUCCUUUGUAUAUUUUCCGGAAGUGGGCAUACACCAAAUGCACAUGAUCUGAACUUGAAGAAACGCAAAGGAGCGUUUUUCUUUAGCGCUGGGUCACUGUUUUUUGAUCACGGUUUGAUGCAUGGCCAAGCCGAGCUGCUUGCUGCUGCUGUCCGGGUUGAUCAGUGCCUCGCUUACCCAGUGACCGGAGUUCGGACAAUACCUGCACAUCUAGCAACGCAGCCUCACAUAGAUCUAAUCUCUACAUAUCUUGUUAUACUUUUUUUUUUUUUCUUUUUUUUUUUCUUUUUUGCUGACUGCGAGGAAUUUGAAAUUAAUGAAAGUAAUAUGUUGUUAAAGGAGUAUAGAAUCUGUAUGCCACUGACAGUGGAAGAGUACAGGAUCGGACAGCUGUACAUGAUCAGCAAGCACAGUCACGAGCAGAGCGACCGGGGAGAGGGGGUGGAGGUGGUGCAAAACGAGCCCUACGAGGACCCCGCGCACGGCAAGGGCCAGUGCACAGAGAAGCGCGUGUACCUCAACAGCAAACUCCCUAGCUGGGCUAGAGCAGUGGUGCCCAAGAUCUUCUACGUGACAGAAAAGGCCUGGAACUAUUACCCAUACACCAUCACAGAGUACACUUGUUCCUUUUUGCCGAAGUUCUCCAUUCAUAUAGAAACAAAAUACGAAGACAACAAUGGAAGCAAUGACAAAAUCUUCGGCAGCGAGGCGCAGGACGUGAACAGGGAGGUCUGCUUCGUUGACAUCGCCUAUGACGAGGUCCCCGAGCGCUACUACAAAGAGUCAGAGGACCUGCGCUAUUUCAAGUCUGAGAAAACAUCUCGUGGUCUGCUAAAGGAGGGCUGGAGGGACAGCCAGCAGCCGAUCAUGUGUUCCUACAAGCUGGUGACUGUGAAGUUCGAGGUGUGGGGGCUGCAGACACGAGUCGAGCAGUUUGUGCACAAGGUUGUUCGAGACGUGCUGUUACUUGGACACAGACAAGCUUUCGCCUGGGUGGAUGAGUGGAUCGACAUGACCAUGGAUGAAGUGAGAGAAUUCGAAAGAGCCACUCAGGAAGCCACCAACAAGAAGAUAGGGAUCUUCCCCCCCGCGAUCUCUAUCAGCGAAACCCCCCUGACCUGCUAUACCCACAGCGGCCCCUCCAGCGCCCCCUCCACCCCCCUCACCACUGACGCCCCCGAAUUCCUCUCCGUGCCCAAGGACCGGCCCCGCAAGAAGUCAGCCCCCGAGACCCUGACCCUGCCGGACCCUGCGGACAGGGUGCCCCGCCUGCGCCUGCCCUCCUCGCACCUGCCCCAGAGCUCGCCAUCCCACCAGCCCUCCGAUGCAAACCCCCAGUAACCACUGUGUGUGUGCAUGCGUGCGUGCAUGUGCGUGUGCAUGCUGAGAACCAGCUUUUAUAAUAGCCCUUAUUCUGAUAAUGAAACAAAUGCAUGGAGGAAAGCGUUUUUUUUUUUUGCUGCAGGCUACUUCAUUUUGUCACACACUGUCUGCUGAAGGGUUGCUAAAAGGCUCAGUCUCUUGAGCAUGUUUUCCUGUUAGGCUGUAUUGAACCGCCUGUGAAAGGUGAACGUUAGUUUUUCUCAAAUGAUUACCAUGUCCAGUUUUUUAAAUACUGUGUGUUCCUUUAAUUUAGAAUGUGGCCUGGCGUGCUAGUCUAUAGCAGUGGGGUAGAAUGUAUAAGUGAAGUGAGCUUUUGAAAGGGUAGUACCAGGCAGUUCCUAUGGACAGUCUGAAAGGGUGUUCGCUGUUGCCCAGUCGCGUACGUUUCUCUCUGAUGUCUGUGAAUGUUUCUUUAUGGGCACGUGAACCUAGAAGCUUUAUACUAAUAAAGGUGCACCAUGGUAAAAGCGUAGCAGAGUAGUAGUGAAUUGUACAAGCAUGCUGAAAAAUAGAGUGUGGUAAAGCCUGGCUGUGUGGAGCUUAGCAAACAGAAAAACAUGGUUCCAUGCAUAUUUACCUUGGUACACUGUUAUAAGGUCAUUGGAAAUACUGAGAGGUGUCAGUUCUUAAGGCUUCAUAGCUGGAUAUCCAGUGCAUGAGUGCAAGCUGGAGGAAGGCAGACAUGCUGAUGCUUAGGAGAUGUGCUCGGGUCUAGAAAGCCAUUUAUUAUAAAGUGCUCAAGCUCAGGAGAGCAGGAGAAAAAGCAGCUGCUGCCGAUGCUAGGGUCCAGGAAACUGAAGAAAUGACGUGCUUGUGUGAGACGAGCAAGCUGUCCCAUGGAGAUCUCUACUUUCAGCCCUUUGAUCCAAGCCAAAAAAUAACACCAGGCUGUUAAGAAUAUGUUUGUUUUCAUCCAGUUGUCCCCUUUGACAUGUGAGCUCUGUUUUAGCUUUGUGCAUCGUUAGCUCUUGAAAGCAUGUUGAUAUUCCCAAUGUACACUAGGGGUAGCAGCUUUCCAUGGAUAAGAAAUGCCUUCUUAUAAUAAAAAAAGGAAGGGGAUGCCUCGUGUACAUGCUAGCUAGAUAGAUACAAGACCUUACACAUGAUAUUGCAGACAUUGCUGUAAACAGUACAUUGUUGCUUUGUGUUCUUAUGUGAAUUCUUGAAAAGCCGAUGGAGUCUGUUUGUCUAAACAGCAGCAGAUCUGUUUAGUUAAAGGGGCUCCAGAAAUCCAACAGUGCACGAUGUGAGUCUCACUCUUCAGUGUAUUGCUGUAAAACACCAGGGAAGAUUCCUAUUGUAAUUAUUAAAAGUGUGGUGGCAUUUCGAACUGCCAGCAUUGUAGACCGAUCAAAUAAACCCCAGAACUUGUAGAGUACCAUUUUAAAACAUGCUAAAGAUGGCAUAAUCAACAAAUUAAAUCUUGCACAGCAUUCCAUACCUUAACAAAUGUGUGCUCAUUGUAAGAGAAGGCUGUCGUUGAUCCGAAGAUAUGUAUAAAAAAGUGAAUGCAAAGUUGACUAGUUGCGUAGUAUCCAUUGCUAAAAAGAAAAAAAAAGACAGAGAAUUAAACUGAGCAUGUUUCAGGAAUAAAAUGUCCCUCAGUGCCUCUCUGCAUGCGAUGCUGUAUCUUUUAAUCUGUAAACCAAAUCUGUAACAUACCUUGUAUAAACUACUUACCAGGAUGUGUUUUUGAUGUACCUUCUUCAAGCUGUCUAGCCUCAGAGCUGUUUUUUUAAAGAAACGAUACCAUGUAAAAUAAGCUGGCCAUAUCUGAACCAGAUUCAAUAACUGAACCCUGAACACCAGCUGGAAGACAUUUCAGUGGCCAGCACUGAAACACACUGUGCCCCUCAACACCCUCCUCCUGCCUGCCUGACCACAGCCGCUGUCAGAGCGGGGCUCCGCCGAACAGGGGAAGAGGACCUUGACGCGGCAGAGAGCAGCAACUGGAAGCUGGGCUUCGUUUAAACAGAAGAGCUGGCUUUGAAAACUAGGGUGACUUUUUAAAUGUUUUUUUUUAGCAUGUUUGUUAAAUAUCUGUUGUGGUUUCACCUCUCAUCAUACUAAAAAAAAAAGAAAAAUUACUAUUUUUUUUAUUACUAUUUUCUGUUGAAUUCCAUGACAUUUUUCUAAGGUUUGGCUGUUUCUUCUUUUCUUUUUGUGUGUAACUGUCAGCACCGUUGUUGUUUAAGAGAUUUUAAAAGGACCGUUUUUGAAUGUGUACCUGUUAAGGAAUAUAAAGCCACUCUGUGUUCAUUCAGAAGUGCCACUCUAUGUCAGGCUACUGAGGGUUUGUUUUGUUUCUAUAGAUUUGUGUUUCUUUGUUUCUUUAUUAUCUUCCACUUUCAUACAUCUUGUAGUAAAUAAAGUGAAAUGCAAUCUGA